GAAUUCUGCAGUUCUGGUGCAUUAGGUUGGGAGGAGCAGGCCGGUAGCGUGUCGUCGUUUCGUCCGAUUUGGUCCUUUCUGUUUUUGCCUGGUCUCGCAGAUUUGACGUCAGACCAUUUUCGGUAUGUCUUACUAUUGUGUCUUUGCAAGCGAUGUUUGAGGGUAUAGAAGAAGACCGCCCGGGCAGGUGGGCCCAGGCGGUCCUAUGCGCUUCUUCACCACCUGCUGGAUCAUCGUUUCGUGUUUGUUGUUGGUUCUCAUUUCUUUUUUCUUUCCUUCUUGGAGCGGCAUGGGCUUCGCGCAUUUCUCUCGUCAUGGGCGCAUACUUCCUCCGGCGGAGGGGAGGAACUCCUGUCCGGCUAGCCGCGGCGCUGGCGAGGAAGGGCUCGAGCAUGGCAUUGCAUUCUAGAUAUUGUCUUUUUUUUUUUUUUUUUUUUCUUUUUCUUUUUCUUUUCCUCUUUUUCCUUUUUUUAUUUGUUGGCUUUCCGAGUUCAUCUGCGCGCUUCGACAAUAGGGAUCAUUGGAGAAUCACGGUAUUGAUCAUGGUUGGGAUACAAUGGAACGGACUCUGUUGGGGGUGUUGGGGUAUUCCUUUUGAGCCAGCAAAAUUUCAACCAGCUACGACGGAUUUGGGACAUCUGCGAGGCACAUGGAUUGGGAGUCGUGCGUGCGACAAGAUUGUUCUGAGUGUCCAUAAUUCUUGUACUGUUCUUCAUAUUACUUAUACUGUUCUCGUCUUGUGUUUACAUAUGCUUUCCCUGCGGGUUUUGUCGUUCCCUCCUUCAAAAGUCGAGACGUGAUUAUUGGUUUAACUAGCCCGAUGCCUGCAUUCUCUCGUAUCGCCUUUCAGCGUGUGAUGUACAGCAUGGUCCGAUCUCAGCUAGGCAGGGAGUCAUGGGCGAUUGGGGUGUAGAUCAACUAUAUGAGAAUUCUCUUUUCAUCGAGCCUGUUGAUAUUUAUGCAUUGGUCGUCAUGAUCGAUUGGUGGAUGAUUAGGUCAGUGCCAGGAUAAAUUCAC